AACACGGGCGUUCAUUCAUUGAUUCCCCAUUUGCAAUCCAGCCGUAAGAAACAAAACUUAAAUGCAUGACAAUCCAGUGUGAUUGUCAGGGAAUUGUAAGAUGAGGGCUUGUGUUGUAAGCCUCCUACUGCUCCUGCUCACAUGGACUCAUGGACUUCAGAGAGGCAAGGAUUACUUCAAAGAAAAAGUCUGCAAUGAAUACAACGCAUUGGGGGAAAUGAAUUUUCGCUCCAUAUCAAUCGUCAUAAACAGCAGGAAGUAUUCCAAUGCCACCUUUGAACAAAUCAUCAGCCUCGUCAACGAAAUGGUCGACUUGGGCAAAAAAUGUUGUGCGGACGGAGCUGAUCCAGACUGCUACGAAAACGAGUCUACGGCUUUCUCUGAGAAAUCCUGCCACCCCGAUGCUCCUUUCCCAAGACACCCCGGGAUCGCUGGAUGUUGCACCCAACAAGGUCUUGCUCGAAAGCUCUGCCUGGCAGCCUUGAAACACCACCCGAAGGACUUCCCGACUUAUGUGGAGCCCACCAACGAGGAAAUAUGUGAGGCCUUCAAGAAGGACCCUCAGGGAUUUGCAGAGAGGUUUCUGGUCGAGUAUUCUAGUGAUUACAGCUACGCUCCUCUGCCAAUCUUGCUGAACGCUACAAGAAAUUAUUUAUCCGCCGUCAGAACCUGCUGUGCCAGCACACAAAAUAACAUCUGCUUCUUGAAAGAGAGGUUACAACACAAGCCCAUCCAAACAUUUACCCAUCUGUCAAACAAAGCCUGCGCUCUCUAUGCCUUGCUUGGGAAAAAUAAAACAACGGUCAGCUACUUAAUAAAAUUUACCCAGCAGACGCCGAGCCUGUCCUUUGAGAAUGCCAUAAGCCUCGCUGGAGAAGCAGCUGAAAUUCUUUCCAAGUGCUGUGCCAGUUUGGAAGAAAACUGUUUGCACAAUGAGCUCAAACCUCACAUCGCCCACAUCUGCAAUACCGCCUGUGGAGCGAACGAAGGACUCCAAGCCUGUUGCCGCUCUAAAGACGACGUGGGAAAAUACUUGUGCAUUUACUCGCUCCCGUGGGUUAAGCAUUCCCAUGUGCCUCAAGCUCCCAGUUCGGUUGACGAAGGCGUCUGCAGGGAAGAUGGCGAAGUAGACAUAUAUCGUAAUAUUUAUGACAUGGCCCGGAUAUACAGCCGUGCUCCAGAGGCUCUUCUUAUUACCUUGUAUUCUGCCGGCCAAGCUGCCGCCAAUGAUUGCUGUGGCCUAGCAGACCCCAAAGCAUGUUUCGCGGAGAAGGGUUUGAAAACAAUAGCUCUGUUGCACACUUGGAUUGAAAAAGGAAAUGAGAUUUGUGGGGAAUAUACGGAUCAUACAUACGUGGAAUUCCUCAAGAGGCUUAGAGCCAAUGCGUUAACUCUGUUCCCUCCUGGGACUUUGGAUGCUGAAAAUCAGGUCUCUGCUCUGGUGGAACAAAGAAGUAGUUAUGCCACCAAAUGCUGUCAUCUGAAUGCACCUCCAGCGUAUUGUGGAAUACAGAAAGAAGAAGGAAUUGAAAGAAAGUGAUACCGGGGGCGGGGGGCGGGGGGGGGGGAUCUAUCAUAAAGUCCAGAAUUAUUUCUGAAAUGUUUCUCCAACAUUUGCAAGCUGGAAUGUCCAUUAUGUCAUAGCAAAAAUGCUUCUCGUUUCAGCCUGCAGGUGGCAGUAUUACCCCAUCUAUCAAAUAAUAUGACAUUCUAGCCUUCCUCUUGCUCCUCUGUGUUUCUUGGGGUGGAGGAAGUAAAGUGAGAAGUUCUUGGUAUUCUCUGAGCUUGGUUUUUUUCUUCUUCAGAUAUUUCGUUACCCAAACUAGGUGAAAACAGCUGAUGAUGUUACCUAGUUUGGGUAAUGAAACAUCUGCAAAAAAAUUAACCAACUUCGAAGAGCACCAAGGAUUACGCAGUCUUCCUCCUCCUCCUCCUCCUCCUCUCCACAAAUCCCACUCCCAUCUAACACUGAUGCUGUCACCUAGAUUGGUAAUGAAAUGUCUGCAAGAAAACAACCACGCUCAGAGUGUGCUAAACUUUAGCAGCUAAAGACUUCACAGUCCUCCUGCUCCUCCUCCUCCUCUCCACGAAUCCCACUCCCAUCUAGCACUGAUGAUGUUGCCUAAAUUGGUAAUGAAAGGUCCGCAA